CACUUUUCGGUCUACCUUAAAAAUCAAUCGGAGACAGAGACAGAGAUGUUGAACUUAACUUCACCAAGCUUCAUUAUACUUCUAUUAUUUGUAGCGCUAGCAGCAUGUGAGGGUGAGUUCAACAAUGUCCGAUGCAAGUGUAUAUGCCCUGCAGAGCCGGACAUCAAGAGAGAUUUAGACAUCCAGGUCGUGACUGUUUCAUUGGCUGAAGAAUGUUCUUGUGAGCUGGUAAUGAAAAGAAAUGAGAGCGACUGUCUGCGAUGCGAAUGCAAGUAUGAAAGCCGGAACCUCACCACCAUUGAGGUUGUUAUUUUCCUGAUCAUCGUUGUUGUGAUUUGUCUUUUCGUCUAUCUCGUCGCUCUUGCUUUCCUCGAUCCCGAGAUGUUUAGAUCAAAGCUCACAGAACCUCAGAUGGAAGAUACUCUCACCCCUCAGCCAGAUCUAUCAAGCACAAGGCAGCCAUCAUCCUACCUAGGCCGUGUGGGUAGUGCACAGAGGCGAUGGAGAUCACAGGUUCAGCAACAAAGGGAGAAUAUCUUUGAUAGACACACCAUUCUUAGCUGAAGGAACCAGUUCAUCAUGCAAUUUCAUCCCCAGUCCCACGUAUUGCUUUCAGCGAAAGUUUGCAAAUCAUCAACAGACAUGAAAAUAUGUAAGAGAAUGUCAUUAUAUCGCUAAUCUUUGUGAGGGAGUUUCAGUCAACUAAUCUGCGUUUAAAAUACAAGUAAGCCUACUCACUACCCUGCGCUAAUUGCAUCCGCAACUAAAUUCGCAAUUUACCUACCUGAUUAGUGCGAGAAGAGGUUAAAAACAGAAGUUGUUUGCUGAGGAAAGUUAACUUUUAUUCCUGGUUCAUUGUGUAAGGUGCACAAUGUGCUGAGCGAAAUUUAAUUAAAAUUAAACAUAUGUACUGGAAAUUGUGUUUUUGAGAGAAUUUAAGGGAUCCAUCUACUACUAGCACUCCAAUGUAAACCAAACGAGACGGAGAAUACACAUGUGUAAGGGUCAUAUACAAAGCUCAAUCGUUUUAUGAUAAUAUUCACAAAUGAUGACAAUAAGGGAGGAACAUGUUAUAUUUUCUGUAGUAUUUGGAUGAAGAAAAUAUUUUCACCUGAAGCAGUUAAUAUCAUCAUGUUGUAAAUUUCUAAUGCCAGA